AUGGCUGAGACAGGGAGAAAGCCUAGACGAGCAACACUUUAUCUUGCUACACAUACGAAAAAAGAUGGAUCAUAUGUAAAUGAGGAGGCAAAAGAAAUAUGUGAAACAAUUGAGCUAGCAGUGAGUGAAAGUAAAAUGGAUGAAUCUGAAAUUACUCCAAAUGAUGUUGUUGGUAAGGUGCUAGGCAAAGGGCAUCCUGGAAGGGUAAGAUGUUUGGGAUUAGGAGCUACUCCAAGCAAUACUUUCAGAGAGACAAAUUUUCGUCUUGGUAAUAUUAGAAUUGUGAGUAAUAAUGUUAGAUGUUCUUCUUCUGGAUGCCAAGAGAAGUACAAUCAAUUGAUGAAUACUCUUAAAGCAUACAUGAUAAUGAAGGAAGGGUCAAUACCAGAAUAAUUUGCUGGGAUUUUUGCUUCUCCUCCUACAACGCCAAGUGAUGCAGCUAGUGGACCCGUUUCACCAACGGAUGCAAGAAGAUCUUCUGGCGCUUGUAAUCCAAGUGACAACCAUUGAGAUUCAUUUUAAUUGAAGUGGAUGUGUUAGGACAAUGUAAUAGCUGACUAAUAUAGAUGAUUAACUAUGUUCUAAUUUAGUUUGAUGACAUAUGAUACUACACUGUCACAGUAAUUUUCACGAUUAAUGAAAUAUUGAUGUUUCUUAAUUUUAA